AUGCAGCAAACACCACCACAUGCGGCGGCAACGCCGGAGUCGAAAGAAUCAUCGACCGAAGCACCCCCCAAACAGGUGGCGCAGGCGAUGGACCGACUGGCCCACGCUGGCCGACUCAUCGCCGAUAUCAGACUUGGCGCUGAUCGCCUUCUCGAAGCUCUCUUUGUCUCCGCACAGCCUCACCAGUCUUCCAAACCCUUGCAGUUGAUAGUUAAAGAAGAAGCCUCUAUGCGUCAGUGCCUCCAAGACCUCCGUACCGUCGACAAUCAGUGUAACGCGUUUCUGCAAUAUACUGAUGCGACAAGCAUGUCAAUGCUGAUUUGUUGGUUUAGGGUUUUAAGUAUAAUCUGA